AUGUUAUAUUUUAUCCGAUAUGAAACCGGGAACUUGAUGGACGCAGAUCAAAUACGUCAAGGUUUCAUAUGUCCAUUUUGCUUCGGGGAUUUCAGCGACUCUGAAACCCUUCACAAACACGUAGAUGAGCAGCAUUCGGAAGGAGGCGAUCCCUUAAUCUAUGUGAAAAGUGAGUCUUUUUCACUUGUUUUUAUUUUUAUUGAUUGUAGAUGUGUUUGGGAAAGCGAAACAAAGGAUAAAUGAACUGGAAUUUGCCAAAAGUAUUCCCAUAUCAAACUCUAUAAAUUCUGUGGCCCCUUCGGAAAUAAACGCCAGAUUUUUGGUCGAUGAUGAUCAGAAGUUGGGUGUGACGACAAGAUAUACGAAUGAAUUUAAGGAGAUACGGCAGCAGAAUAAUGAUCAAGUAGAAACAAUGACAAAUACUUUGGUUAUCCGACUGGAUAAAUUAAUUAUGUCCUUUGAUCAGUCAAGUAAUGACAGAAAAGGUGUCGUUUUGGUGUACUACACAGCAUUAUCGGUGUUUUUUACGUUUAUUUUUCCUUUUUAUUUUAGAUUUUGAAAAGAAAACAGUUCCUUGGGUGGAUGACUCAAAUGCCGCCAAUUGCAAAUUGUGUAACGCCAAGUUUUCGAUUACAAAACGGAAACAUCAUUGCAGAUUAUGUGGAAAGAUUAUAUGUGGGAAUUGCUCUCAGUUCUUGUCCUUCUUUUCUGCCAGUAGGUUUGCGUCGCAGCAUUUCUGUGUAAAUGUCAAACCCAAUUUGUGUUGUUAUAGCAACCAAAAAGUUAUAAUAAAAAAUGUUGUUGUUUAUAAUACACCUACGUCAUUUAGGGAAGUUGACAAAUCCAGCUUUUGCUGCUGAUGUCAUAAACGGACUAACCGAGGACAUCGACAAAGAACGCCGCUCUUCCGUCAGUCAUGAUCAGAUCGAAGCACUUAAGAUGAGGACUGGACGACUUUUAAACACCAUCAUUAAUGAACGGAAGUUUGUCUCUGAUGAGCCCGAAGAUAGCUUGAGGAUAUGCAAAUUAUGCAAAGAUUACCUGGCGAAACGGGAAAGGAGGAUGGAUUUGGGAGCCGCUUUGCCCGUGUUCGUUGAUCUAUAUGACAAAUUAUGCACUUUAAUUACGCAGAUCAGCAAUCUGGCCCCAUCAUUCAGGAGAAUGGCUAAUUCAUUGAGUCUGGGGGAAGGAUUAUAUACAUUGGAUUCAGCAAAUCAAUUGCGAAAGAAAUUAAUUAGUGUUCAAAGAGAAAUUAUUGACCUCAGGUUAGUGUAAUAUAAUAAUGCAUAAUAUAAAUUGGACUUUCUUUAGUGAACGAUUAGAAUCUUGGGGGAUGAACAACGAUCCAAUCGCGCCCAUCCCGCCAACUCCUCGUGAGCUGGUUGUUCAAAAGAAUAUUAGGUUUCUAGCCAUGAAUCAACUCCAGGUGGGUAUACUUACAUUAAAUAAAAUUGUUCUAUUAGGAUGUGAUGAUGGACAUGCCAGAUCUACCUAGUCAAAAUGAAUAUAAAGAACUACAUGAGAAACACAAGAGACGGGCUCAUGAGCAAUCGGAGUUGGAGAAACGCCAGAUUAAGGUAUGGUUUUGGAAACAGUAUGAUUUGUUCGGUUGAAGUCCGCAUUAAUAAUAUUUUCAGCCGUCUCCGUCGAAUCCUCAACUUUCCCGAUCAACAGCCUCGGAAAUUCACUUAGAGACGGCUCCUCGUCCUUAUCUCAAGGCUAGUGUUUCUUUCAGUGGCCUCAGAACAGAAGAUAGUUGGACACCUGAACCCAUGGAGCAUAUCAGUCAGAAGAACCCCUUCUUCGAAGACGAGGAAGCAGCUGAUGUACACCCGGUUGCUCAGCAAUAUCUUAUAAUUAAAGGGUAUGUUUUAUUAUUGUUUGAAUAUAACGUGGCCGGUUUAUUUUUAGAUACCUUAGACAAGCUGCUCAAGCCGGUCGUCUCGAAGAGGUGGAAAUGCUGGAGAAGAACUUACUCGACCUGGAAGAAGAGCUCAAAAACCUGAACUUGGUCACUCCUCGGGUGGAAUAA